CUGACAAUCAGGCUGCAGGACCUAAAUCCAUCCUGCUCACCAAAAGAAAACCAGAGGUUGACCAGAGAUCUCUGCAGACAUCAGGCUUGGCAGCAGUACAUUAGUCCUUUUGGACACGGGUGACUAAUUCUGCUUCUUCAGUGAUACUGACACUUGUUCCCUUGGAGCAAAUCGAAAGCCUUUAGAACCUUUUAGAAGCCACAAGCACCGUGGGGAUGAAGUUUGAGAAUAUCCUGGAGGAGAUCAAUGGUUUUGGGCCUUUCCAAAUCAUCAUCAUCGUCUUGCUCUGCGCCCCUCGAAUAGUUCUCCCCUGUCACUUCUUGCUGAACAACUUCAUCGCUGCAGUGCCUCGUCACCGCUGUGACAUCAGCACCCUGGAUGGUGGGGGACUCUUCAGAAAUUUAACUCAGGAGCAGAGACUGACAGUUAGUGUUCCUGUGGGAGGAAAUGGGGACCCAAAGUCCUGUGAGAUGUUUGCAGAACCUUACUUUGAGCUGUUAUCCAACAGCUCCAACAGCACUGACCUGCCCACAGUUCAGUGUCAGAGCGGAUGGGUUUAUGACAACUCCACCUUCACUUCCACCCUGGCAACAGAGUGGGACUUUGUCUGCGAUAGAAAAAGCCUGACAAACACAACAAGCACAAUCUUUUUCCUCGGAGUGAUGCUGGGAGGCAUAGCAUUUGGAUACCUCUGUGAUAAGUAUGGGAGGAAAAACACUCUUUUGGCCUCAUACAUCAUAGCGAUCACGUUUGGCUUCGCCAGUGCAUUUGCAAACUCCUACAUCCUGUUUGCAGUGCUGAGGUUUCUCACUGGGUUUGGACUGACGGGGAUCAGCAGCACCUCAAUAGUUCUCAGCAUCGAGUGGGUGGACACCAGUCACAGGUCGCUUAUCGGUGUGUUGGGCAGUAUGGCCUGGUCUGUAGGCAACAUGCUGCUGGCUGGGUUUGCCUUCCUGGUGACUGACUGGCGACCACUCAUCAUGACUGUUACAGCCCCACUGGGUGUCGCAGUUCUGACCUGGUGGUGGAUUCCUGAAUCUGCCCGAUGGCUUUUAGCCAAUGGCAAAGUGGAACGAGCCCAGUUUUACCUCAACAAAUGUGCAAAGUUCAACGACAGACAAAACCCGGCAAACAGCAUAAAACUGGAGACACUCUCCAGCAUAGAAAUCUUAGAAAAGCAGAACAAAAACUACACUUACCUUCACCUAAUCAAGACCCCAAAGAUGAGAAGGUUAACUCUACUGACUGGGAUUGUGUGGUAUGGAAUCGCCUUGACAUAUUAUGGAAUCAGCCUGAACAUCAGUGGAUUUGGUCUGAACAUUUACCUCACACACUUCAUCUAUGCAGCCAUUGAAGUUCCUGCCAAGCUGAUGAUUUAUUACUUUCUCAACAUGCUUGGACGGAGAAAGUGCCAAGCAGGCACGUUGGUACUAACAGGAGUCUGCAUCGCCAUCAACAUCUUCCUUCCCAAAGGUCUGUGGCAUGUGCGUGCUGCCGUUGCCAUUCUGGGAAAAGGCCUAUCAGAGGCUUCGUUCACAACUGUUUUCCUCUACACCACUGAGCUUUACCCCACAGUCAUCAGACAGAACGGUCUGGGCUUCACCAACUUCAUGAGUCGUCUGGGAGUGGCAGUAGCUCCUCUCAUCCUGCUGCUGGAGGACGUGUGGCCUCUUCUUCCUCAGGUCAUCCUCGGCUCUGUGGCCAUCACAUGCGGCCUGGUGUCUCUGCUGUUGCCAGAAACUCUGAAUGUGAGGCUGCCAGAGACAAUUGACGACAUCGAAAAUCCAAGGAUAGUGGAUUAAAAUAUGGAAAGCACAAUGUGAACAAUUUGAAAUGACCUUUGGCACCACUUUAGUGCCAUCUUGUGGUAUAGUUGUAACAUGCACUGAGACACACCUGUGGAUACUGUGACUGCUCUUUUGCUUGACUUGUAAUUGAAAAACAGGCUCAUCCUGACUUUUAUUCACAGCACAUAUACAUUAGAAAUGAGCACAUCCUGCUACACAACAGUCACCUUUCAUUGGAUUAGGUCAGAAAACAUACAUAAAAUACUUUCUGAGGUGACAGUUUUUAAGAAAAUGCCCAUUACAAAAUCUCUAAUUCUGAAAUAUAACAUCAUGUUGAAAAGAGACCAAAACAAAAGAAUUUGUUAAUGUUAGAUUUCUGUUUACUAUGAGUCAAAGAUGUGUCUGUUCAGCUGUAUUGGAAGGCGUUCCUCAGCUCAGAGCAGACUGGUGUCAGCAGAAAUAUUCAAAUCAUUGUGGUGGCGUUUUUUGUUUUAUUUCAGAAGAAACAAUAUGUCCUCUUUCUCUGUGAAGUCUUCAGAUGUUCUCCUGGAAUCACAGAGUACAACAGAAACAAACAGCGAGAUAAGCUCAGCAAAACAAAGAUGUGUACUGAUUCCUAAACGGUAUGCACUGUAUAUAUUUUACAGAUUUUGGUACAUAUCAUUAGUUUUAUUUUACAGUUCCUUGGCACUUUUGUGGACUAAAAAGAGUGUCAUAUCAUAAAAAGUAAGUAUUUACCACAACCUUAAGUUCUGUUAACAUUAAGAUGUAUUUAAAAAAAGCAUUUUUUUUAUACUCGAUGG